GUUAUAAUCAAUGUUACUCAUCAAUUUGGGCCAGUCCACUUAUUGGCAGCUGCAGGUAUCACUUGCAGUGCAGUCCUACAGAAACAACCGCUUUACUUUGCCUUCACUGUGAGGUAGAGAGGCGAUCAUACAAGUCAAAAAAUGAAGUACAUUUUGUACAGUGCAGUCUGCCUUGCCAUAGUUGCAGUUGUCAAUGCACAAUACUUCUGCUUCAAUUCAGUCGGAGGCAAUCCUUGUGGGAGAUACAUAGGAUCAUUUGGAGAUAAGAGAGAAUGCUGUGUUGGACAAAGAGCUGGUGGUUAUACACCACACGGCAGUGAGGAAUGUACAUCUUGUGAUAACUUCUUAAAUCCAUUUGCCCCACGUGGCCCUGAUGGACCUCCUGGUAGAGUUACUGGCCCAUUAAUUCCUGGUGCACCUGGACUUCCUGGACCACCUGGAAAUAAUGGUGAAGAUGGUGAAGAUGCAGCUGAUGGUCAACCCGGAAACCCCGGUGGCCCCGGAGAACCUGGUGCCCCAGGUCCACACGGACCACCUGGACCACCCGGCAGAGUUGGAUUCCCCAAAGGACCCAAGGGAGCCAUUGGUUUCCCCGGCUAUGCUGGUCAACCAGGAAUGAAAGGAGAGAAAGGUCCCCAAGGAAUUAAGGGAAUACCUGGCACCCCUGGACCUAAUGGACACCCUGGAUUGAAGGGACCACCUGGACCACCUGGACCCCAUGGACCACCUGGUUCACCUGGUGCUACUGGAAACCUUGGAGCUCCUGGAGCCCCUGGAGCUAAGGGACCAACUGGUGUACCAGGGCAAUCUGGAGCACCCGGUGCAACUGGAGAUCCUGGUGACCAAGGUCGUCCUGGAUCCCGUGGUGCUGUUGGCGUAGCUGGUAAUCCUGGAGCUGAUGGACCUACUGGCCCUCCUGGCCCACCUGGACCACCUGGAUUUCCUGGAUUCCCUGGUGAGGCUGGCCAUCAAGGAGACAAAGGAGCUCCCGGAGGACCUGGUGCUACUGGCAAUCAAGGUGAACAAGGACCACAGGGAGCUAGAGGACCAGCUGGAAACAUAGGUCCACCUGGUGCCCAAGGACCUCCUGGAGCACCUGGCGAUCAAGGAAGUCCUGGUAGACAAGGACCAGCUGGUGCCCCAGGACGUGAUGGUAACCCUGGAGAGAGAGGAACUGAUGGUGCCCCUGGUGAAAAUGGUGCUCCUGGACCUAAAGGACCAACUGGAAUCAAGGGAGACGUAGGAAAGAGAGGAAACUCUGGAGCACCUGGUAAAACAGGUUAUGCCGGACGUAAGGGAGACACUGGAGCAAUGGGAUUCCCUGGAGAGACUGGUCAUGCUGGUCAACGUGGUCAAAAGGGACAGAAAGGACCUCAAGGUGAAAAGGGAGCUCAAGGAGAAAAUGGUGAUCCUGGACAAGCUGGAGCUAAGGGACCAAUCGGUCGUAAUGGCGUACCUGGUGAGCAGGGACCUGCUGGAGCAUCUGGAGACACUGGAUCUGUAGGAGAACCUGGAGCCAACGGAAAGCCUGGUAGCCCUGGAUCAGCUGGAGAUGCUGGUGGUACUGGUGAUCUUGGCGAUCCUGGCCCGAGAGGACCAUCUGGUAAUCCUGGAUCUGAUGCAUCACCUGGCUUCCCUGGAAGAAGAGGACCACCUGGUCUACCCGGAGAGCCUGGAAGCCCUGGUAUUGAUGGACACCCUGGAAGACCUGGUAAUCAAGGACCACUCGGCCCAGCCGGUGUUAAGGGACCACCUGGAUCACCUGGCGCUCAAGGACACCCUGGACCAAUAGGAGAGACUGGACCCACUGGUGAUGAUGGAGCAGAUGGAGCUGAUGGAGACCCAGGCAAUCCUGGACCAGCUGGUAACAAAGGACCCCAAGGACAGCAUGGAGAGCAGGGUGAUCCUGGUGAUAAGGGAUCGACCGGACCACCAGGACAAGCUGGACCUAAAGGACCCAAAGGCUCAAGUGGACCUGCUGGCCCUCGUGGAGCUAAGGGAGACGUUGGAGCUCAAGGAGCCCAAGGAGCUCGUGGAGAUCAGGGACAGAAGGGAGAGCGUGGUGCCCCAGGGAAAAAUGGACCUCAAGGAGGACCUGGUCAACCAGGAGCAGCUGGACCAGCUGGUAAUCAAGGUGCCAAAGGACAGAGAGGAGGACCUGGAAGACAAGGAGAGCAAGGAGAAAUUGGAAGACCUGGACCUUCUGGACCAAGAGGCUAUCCUGGAGAGAAAGGAACGGGUGGUGAUCCUGGUGCACCUGGAGCUGAUGGUGAGCGUGGACCAAACGGUCCAGUCGGCCGUCCUGGUAAGCCUGGCUCUAAAGGAGGACAAGGAGCAGUCGGUGCACCUGGUCGUGACGGAGAAACUGGAGCACAGGGACCUGCUGGACCAGCUGGGCCUGUUGGAUCUACUGGAUCAAGAGGAGCAAGAGGAGACGCUGGUGCACCUGGUAACCCAGGAUCAGCUGGUGCUGUUGGAGCCCCAGGCAACACUGGACCUCAAGGAGAGAAAGGAGAAUCUGGAGAUCGUGGCGCUCCUGGUCCCCAAGGUGCAGCUGGUAGCCCCGGUACUCCCGGAACACCUGGACCAAAGGGACAGAAAGGAAAACGUGGAGAUCCUGGAGCACAUGGUCGACCUGGACCAGCUGUAAGAAAGGAUUGGGUAUCAUUUGUAGUAAAGUCAUCCGAACUUUCACAGAACUCCUUUUGA